CUUGAGGACUUCCGGAUUCUGUCCUCGGCUGGAGAACGAUGAUUUUCCCGGAGUUUUCAAAUGGAAAAAACGAGUGAUACAAAUUGGCCAAGACCCUGUGGAAAUCCUGAGGGCUUACAUUAGCACUGAGAUGUGUUGCCUUGUCGGCGCAUGUACACAUAGGUUGUCACGACAAAGCUUGCCACCCGCCAGGUCCACGCAAUCACGGAGUAGGAUGGACUCUCUGGGUAUGAGGGGCCCAUCCCUAAACCAGGACUUCCUACACAGUGUGCUGAAUGCUGUUCCUCGUGGACUGACAGUGGGCCCCUCUCUAGCAAAUGAUGGCCAGUUGGGGCUCUGGUGUGUAGGACAUGCACUGCAGAAAGGGAUGCUUCUGGGUGUGGAAAACCAAAGCAACACCUUUGACCAAAGUGAAGACUUUACAGAGAGCUUGAUGGAAGAAGCAUAUCAUACGAUAAUCAAGGGGCAUCUUUGGGACAGGUGCUAUUGGAUUAGAUUUGCCUGUAAUGCAAGGAGAAAGGAUGAACAGAAUGUUACUGUUCAUGAGGUGGAUGGAAGUCUCUGUCUAAGGGCCUGCAAAGACAUCAACCCAGGGACAGAACUUCUGCUUUGGAGUUUCCUAGCUGAUCCUCCGGAACACGAUGGAAGCCAAGGAGGGUCACUAAUAACACCAGGCAAACCUCGCAAACAAGUUACACCUCGCAAGUCCAGGGAGGAUAGAUCCCCAGGUGUAAACUUCAUGGAGCAAGAGCUCAAGCUUACAGAGCCUGAGGAGCACACUGAAGAUUCAGACAUGUCAACUUCUCCACUGGGGUCGAUGGUGGCGGAGGAGAAAAGCCAGGCUGGAAUCAAAAGGACCAAACCUCUUAUCUACAAAAUGAAAAAGAGAGGUGUGAGAGACUCUCAUUCCAGGGGUGAUAAAACAAUGGAACAGAAUGGAGAAGUUGACUCAGGCAAAAUAAUAAAAACAGAACGUUUCAUUCCAGAAAUAACCAAUGUGCAAUGCUCUAAUGAGGACAAACUUGUGAGUCCUGCAGACGAGCCUCCAAAGAGCAGUGAAGAACCAGGUAAUGUGGUAAGAAAUCCCCAGGAGGAACAGGGGCCACAGGUGGUCAGGGCCAGUUGCAGACUGGCUGCUAAACCCAGGAAGGUGCAUUCAUUAGUCAGCUGCAUCCACAAGCGUCUUCAAGGGUGCAAAAAUAGGUAUCUGGAUCGUCAAGUGACAUUGGAGGUUACGUCCAGAGUUGGUGAUGAAAAUGGACAAGCUUGCCAAGAAACAGACAUAAAAGAUAGAGAAAAUAUAAGCGCAGAUGAAAUCCCAAAGGAUAGUGACAAAGGGGGGAAGAAAGACCCGGAGGAGCUUACGACAGCUCCAGACCUCUUUAACAUCAGGGAAAGGAGGUAUACAUGUGACGAGUGUGACAAGAGUUUCUUUCAGCUCUGUCACCUGAAGAAGCACAAAUUCACUCACUCGGACCUAAAGCCUUACUUAUGCACAGAGUGUGGUAAGAAUUACAGCUCUCAAGAGAACUUCAGGGCCCACCUUCUGAUGCAUAAGGGAGAGAGGCCAUUCAAGUGCCAGCAGUGUGACAAGAGCUAUGGCCUGAAACGGGAUCUGAAGGAGCAUGAAGUUCUUCAUACAGGAGAGAGGCCUUUUGUCUGCGAUAUCUGUGGGAAGGCUUUUGCCCGCCGGCCUUCAUUACGUAUUCAUAGGGAGGCCCACCGCGCCAAGGAAGAAAAUUACCAUGCUCCUAAGCUCAAGUGCCCUGUCUGCGAUAAAGAACUGGCCAAUUCGGGCUCCCUUAGGAAUCACAUGCGCUUGCACACAGGAGAACGGCCUUAUGCCUGUCCCCACUGCAGUAAGACAUUCCGACAGCGGGGGAACCUUUUGGGGCAUCUACGCAUCCACACAGGGGAAAAGCCUUACAAGUGUAACCAUUGUAAUCAGUACUUCUCACAGGUGCCUGAACUCCGCAGACACCUCAUAUCACACACAGGGGAAGUCUACCUCUGCCCUAUAUGUGGCAAAGCCUUGCGGGACCCCCACACCUUGCGGGCCCACGAACGUUUACACACAGGGGAGAGACCUCACAAGUGUGAGGUGUGUGGGAAGGCCUACACCAUGGCCACCAAGCUACGACGGCACAUGAAGUCCCACCUAGAGGAGAAGCCCUACAAAUGUCAGGCAUGUGGUGCUGGCUACACGCUAAUGCAGAGCUUGGUUCGCCACCAGCUCUCCCAUAAAAAGAGAGAAGAUCGGACAUCUGGGGAGCUAGCUGACGCUCUGGCAGCUCUGGAGUCUAGCCACUCUGCCCCUGCUAGAGGCAGACCUAGAAAGACCCCUCGCAAGACAGAGGUCAAGCCAUGGGUUGAUGUCACUGAAGAGAACAUGGAGAGUCAGACAGUUGUGUAUGUUCAGGCCAUCGAAGACUUAGCCAUGCCUAACUCAGGGGAGGUUGUUGUCAGCACCUAUGACUCGUAUCAUGAUAAUGCCAUAUCUUCUGUGGUAAUAGAGGAAGGGUUGGAACAGGAUUUGGGCCAGAUCCAGCUAAAUGAGAAUGUCAUUGAGAUAGUUGUCUCAGAUUCUAAUGAUAAGUGCAUUGUGGUAAGGGAGCACAAAACACACAGCAACCUGGUGAUUCUACAGGGAGAGGAUGGACUGAGCUCUGUGGCAGAGACAAUAGAGAUAGAAACAGGAGUUUAAAACUGCAAGUCACACCGUUUUGCUUUCUGAUGUUGUUUUUAUUUUUUUAAAUCUUCAAAUAAAACCAAGAAUGUGAAGAAAAAAUGUUGUUUUGCCUGCUAGAUGUACUUUACCUAAAAGAAGACAAUAAGCAGUACUUAUUAGGAAAAUACAUUUGUCAUGAAUAUAAAACAUGUUAUCACCAUCAGGAUACCCCAUUUAGAUUACUGGAGAAGGGAGCCAUAAUUGUCAACGAGUUAAAGAUAUCAGCAAAUAUUGACUCACAUCUGUGGUGGAUCUUGUCUAGCCACUAUCUAAAACUACCUGCCCCUGUAUUUUAGGAAAUAUCUUAAUGGUUACAAAGAGAAAUCCUCAUGAAUAGUUUUCUUUUUUAUCUGACUAAAAUAUAUUUGAUGUCUAGAGAAUGUUUAUGAAGGCUUAUUAAAUAGCUUUACUGUAUUUUAAUACACUUGUUGUAAAUGUGGUCCAUCAACAAGACGAUCAUUAUUGUUGAAGACUCCAAUUAAAAUAGAGAAGUACCUCUGUGGUGGCUUUACAA